AUGAACAUCUUCACUAAGGUCCCAGGACUAGCCCAACAAGCCAGCAAGCUGGGGUCUGUGCUCCAACGUGCUUUUUACGGGUCCAGUGGGAGGGUGACCCUAUUCGAGCAGCGUAACUUCGCUGGCAGGCGUCUGGACCUCAGCUCUGACUGCCAGAGGCUGAGCGAGAAGAACUUCCCAGACAGAUGCAACUCUGUGCAGGUGGAGAGUGGAGCAUGGGUGGGCUUCGAGCAUGAGAACUUCCGGGGUCGCCAGUACCUGUGGGACAUGUCGGAGCGCGGCGAGUACAACUGCACUGAGAAGUGGUGCUCUCAGGUGGACCGCGUCGGCUCCGUACGCGCCGUCAAACAGGACUCCGCCCCAGCCCGUGCCCAGCUGUACGAGCGUGCUGGCUACUCUGGCAAGAGGACCGAGCUGCAGGACGACAUCCCCAACCUCAUGACCCGAUACAGCCUCAACCGCGCCGCCUCCAUCAGGGUCCUGGGUGGCGCCUGGGUGGUCUACCAGGAGCCCAACUACAGAGGCUCUCACUACGUCCUGGAGAAGAAGGACUACAACAACUUCUCCGACUGGGGCGCCCAGAACAGCACCGUCGGCUCCAUGCGUCGCAUUCGCUUCAGCUGAAAACUGCCCCCCCACUUCAACCCCACAAACAAACACACAACGUUACUCUGUCUAAAACUAACCCCUGACCCCAGCCAAGUGAAUGUUUGAACGGGCUCAUCAACUCAGGGGUGCAUUUCUUGAAAGAGUAGUUGUUAGCCUGUUAGUAACUUGGGUAGUUGCCAAAGGGAAAUUGCAUUGCAAACAACAGAGUAGCUAGCCAAGUAAGCAACUAUGGUUUCGAGAAAUGAACCCCAGAAACUAACAUCAAGCCUCCAAGGAAACCAGCAACACACCUCUCCAGGGAAUCCAACAAUGUCUCUCCAGGGAAUCCAACUUACCACACCACCAACUCCUCCAUGAAAGGAAGAGGACGAAGGAAAAAGAACAACUUUUUUGUAAAUGACAAGCAGCACAUUCUCUCUCCCACACGCAACCAUCACAGACCCACAAG